CCUAAACGCUCUGUCUACUGUUUGCUAAUGUAUCGCUAGUAGAUAUUCAAAGGUCUGUGUGGAAAAACGAAACCGAACCGCUCAGUCCAAGCCGUGGACACAUUAUUACGAUGUGGUAGUUAUGGCUUGUCCAAGGUAUUUCGGUGACGGUCCUCCGCUGCGCGAGCGUGACUCGUGCUUCAGUGAGGACAUCAGCCAGAGGAUGCGCGUGCCCGAUCGCCUGAGGGUCGGUCCAGCGCGUCACGCGCACGCACCUGCUGACCAAAGAUCCGAAGAGCUACCUGCUGCCUACAGCAUGCACAUACCAGACAGACUGUCCUUAACAGAUACUCCUGAUCUGAGUCCACGACCUCUCUUCACUAAACACACUUCAUCAAUGUGGGACCUGCAGCACGGGUCCUGGGACAGGGAGGCGUUCAUGAGAGAGCCUGUCCAGAGUCCACUGCGAAGAUCUUAUAGUGACCAGGCUAUUGGUCGAACCCCACCUGGAACCCCCACACACUCCAGACAAACACUUCGCUCCCAGUCUCCCCACAGUAUUGGACGCCCACCCGUCAUGCUUACAGACUCAUCCCCACCAAAGUCCCCAGGGCACCCCGCCAUCCCACCCAACCUGCUGUCCCCACAGAGCAUGCUGCAGGCCGCCAAGGAGCUGGGCCAGCAGGCGUCUCAGAAACUCCUCCAGACCGUAACCAAAAAAUACUCCUCCAGGUUUGGUUACCCAGAAAACCAUCCCUCUCAGGCUGUGGAGGUUCAACCUGAUCAAAGCAGGACAAGUGCCUCGCAGGAGUUCUGGCUCAGUCCUGAGGAGGACACAGGUACUGCUGUCGAGUUCAUGGUGCUCCGCAGACAGGUGGUGAAGAUGAGCAGGAGGAUAGCAGGGGUGGAGAGACAGAACGCAGAGCACAAACAGACAGAGCUGGUGCUGUUCUCUCUGUUACUGUCUGCCUGUCUGAUCAACGGCUGGCUGUGGAUGCGCAGAUGACGGAUCACACUCCAUAACACUACACUAUACAGACAGCACUACAAGAGCAACAGAGCUGUUUACCGGGAAGUGCAUAACUGCACAUAGUUUUUAUAGUGCUUUACUAAAUUUGUUCUCUACAAAAUGAUGGUAAAUGGAUGGUUUAGAAACCACUCCUAUAGAGGAUUGUCAUCAGAAUGAGGCAUGAAUGUCUGAACCAUCCACUCGUAUGUGUCGUGAUCACGGUAGUGACAUGGGCUACUUUGUGUUACAAGUGAUUUGAGGAACUUGAGCAUGUUUUUCUCCUCGUGAGAGUUUCACUGAUGAUGUCAUUCAGUAAUGCAGUCUCUCUGGCUCUUUUGAUCAGACUAGUAGCUAGGUUUUGUAUUUGAUUUAUUCUGCAAAUUAAGUAAAUGCAAAAAUAGAUUUCCUGCAUGCUUUACAAGCCUCACAGCUAAGUAUUUAAGAAAGUAUAAAUAUGAGUAUUUAUUUAUAUUUCCUUUUUUUCUACCAAUUGGGCAUUUGAAUAGCCUUCAGCCAUUUUAACUCACUUGCCCAGCCUGAUGUAUGAUGAAUAUUUAAAAUAAUAAAAAUUGUAAUUAGUCUCAGAUGU